AUGGGCUGCGCCGUGAGCACCACCGGUGAGAAGGAGGCCGUCGAGCGGUCCAAGAAGAUCGACAAGGACCUCCGCGCUGAUGGCGAGCGCGCCGCCGGCGAGGUCAAGCUCCUGCUGCUCGGUGCUGGAGAAUCCGGCAAAUCCACGAUAGUAAAGCAAAUGAAAAUAAUUCACGAGACCGGCUACAGUAAAGAGGAAUGCGAGCGAUACACCCCUGUGGUAUACAGCAACACGAUACAAAGUCUAAUGACGAUAAUCAGGGCCAUGGGGGACCUUAGAAUCGACUUUGCUGAGCCUAGCAAAGCGGAUAUAGCGCGACAAUUUUUCACCCUAGCAUCGGCGGCGGAGGAGGGCGAGCUGACCGGGGAACUAGUGCUAUUAAUGAAGCGAUUAUGGCAGGACCCGGGACUGCAGCUCUGUUUCUCGCGUAGCAGGGAAUACCAGCUCAACGACUCGGCAGCGUACUACCUUAACGCACUUGACCGCAUAACGCAACAUAAUUAUAUCCCGACACAGCAAGAUGUGCUGCGAACGCGCGUCAAAACCACCGGAAUCGUGGAGACACAUUUUUCUUUCAAGGGCUUACACUUUAAAAUGUUUGAUGUUGGCGGUCAACGGUCUGAAAGAAAGAAAUGGAUACAUUGUUUCGAAGGCGUCACUGCGAUCAUCUUCUGUGUUGCUCUAAGCGGCUAUGACCUGGUAUUAGCGGAAGAUGAGGAGAUGAAUCGCAUGAUAGAGUCAAUGAAACUGUUCGACUCGAUUUGCAAUAGCAAAUGGUUUGUCGAAACGUCGAUCAUACUGUUCCUGAAUAAAAAAGACCUGUUUGAAGAGAAGAUCACCAGGAGCCCGCUCACUAUCUGUUUCCCAGAAUAUAAGGGCGCCAACACCUAUGAGGAGUGUGCCUCUUACAUCCAGAUGAAAUUCGAAAAUCUGAACAAGAGGAAGGAUCAGAAACAGAUUUACACGCACUUUACGUGCGCAACAGACACGUCCAAUAUACAGUUUGUGUUCGACGCCGUGACCGACGUAAUAAUCAAGAACAACUUGAGUAAUUGCGGAUUACUGAGCUAAACAUUCCAAUACUCGAUCAGUAAAUCGAAAGAAAGGAUAUAUCUUAAUACGUUGACGACUCGUUAAUCUUCGCAAAUGCAUUAAAGAAUGACGAAGAGACUGAUCGAAAGUUUUAAGAGUAUGUAUCCGUAAAUAUAUAUUAUGCGAGGAUUUUAUUUACACACAUACA